CAACGACAAUAGUUUCACGUAAACCGCGUUCGAAAGUGUGUUGCAUUAAGCGUUUGCGGCAUUUCUAACAACCUUUUCUAAGUGCAAAAACACAGUGAGUGCAAUGCAAAUAUUGCAAAUAUUGGCACUCUGCCUCCUAGCGAGCACCUGCCUGUGUGCUCCAAGCGAUAAACUGGUGCAAAGCACCGAGUUAAAACUAAUGCAAUUAAUGGUGGACACACGCGCUGAGCAACGCGACAAUCCGGAACAAAGUCUGGCUUGUUUCGAAUACUAUCUAAAGGUGUUCGAGGAACUGAACGAGGAGUAUCGCGAAAACUAUGCGGCAUGCUUGGCUACAGCGUCGGAAAAGCGCGAUCAGAUAGAAGAGAGCACGCAGCCUGAGCGCGACGCUAUUGAGGAGUCGGCGCUUUCGACAUGCACGGCACUAAAGGGAUGCGCAGUAUUGACCGAUUCCGUUCUCUACUUCAAUUGCUUUGCGAUUAAUGGCAAACAAGGCAGGGAAAGUAUGUACAAAAUUUCAGCGGACGCCAGUGAGACGCUGGCAGCAGUAAGCGAACAAUAUCGUUUAAUCGAAAGUGAGGAGCACCGUUGUACGAAUGCCACAGGUCGCGUAUAUGUAGAAAAGACCCAUCAGGCUAGUGAGGAUUUGUCGAGCUGUCUUCGUGGCGAAACAACUGUGCCUUCACCAACGUCCACUACAUCGACGUCGCCCAGCGAAGACUCCAGCACAACUGCAGCGGGCAUAGAUUGGAAAAGUGACCACAUUUAUGAUGAUCAACUUCUGUCUGCAGUUGAUUCACAUGAUGUGAGUGGAUAUCGCAAGUUAAACGUGUCAUAAGUAGUGAAAUAAAAAUGUAGAUAAUUCUUAUUUAUGUAAUACUGUUUAACCCUUAUUGCACUUAUGAGUAUGUCACAUAAACCAAUUUAAUAAAAUUUUAUGAAGUCUUUAUUUCAAAACUUA